CUGCUUCUGAUGGGAUUAUAAACGAAUUUUCUGCUUGUGUUUAUGUCUCUCAUGUUCAACAGAAAAUCUGCAAGUUUUAUUGAAAUCGAAGAAAAACUUCGAGAGGUCGAAGCCAGAAUUAUAGCCGAUAGAAAACGAAGAGAAGAAGAAUUGAAGACAUUCGUCGAGCAAGCUCGACGUGAUGCUGAAGCCAUCCGAAAGACGAAGUCUCAACAGAACCCCCCAAACCCCUCUGAUACUACUGGUCCCCAACUGCAGAAACCGCUUGCAUCGCCGCUGAUUCCUAACAUCUCCAGCUCUCCCCGUAUCACUAGAGAACUCCCCGAAACGAGUCUAUUCUUAUUGAGGGAUCUCUGGUCGCAUGUUGGUUAUUCCGGUGAAUCAUUUGUCGAGAUGCAAAUGGAAAUCAGCCGUGAAUUGGAUCGAGCUGAUUUCGCCAGGUUCGAGAGGGAAAUGAUCUGCAAUGAAGUAAUUGGUACCCGUGCCGAGAUUAACAUGUUGAGAGACGAACGCACUCAGCUUUUGAAGAGACUCGACCUGAAUCGGGAAAACACCUGCCAAUUGAUAGAGACUCAAGAGCGGACAUACAAGACCUUGAUGUCGGAACGAGUCACGUCCGCGAAUGUGAUCCGAGGGCUCGAGAACGAAAUUAGAGAUCGGAAUGCCGCAAACCAGGGUGCCCGGGACCGGAUUGCCACCUUAUCAAACGAGUUGGAGCGAGCUGAGCAAACGAGAAUAGCGACAGUUUUGUGUGCCAAGGGGGCUGAAGAUAGAGCCUCGGUCGCUAACGCUACUGCCCUGGCUGCAGUUCAAGUGGCCAAUCAGCAAAGAGAACAUGUCCCUCCGACCAACCCUACGACACCUUCGACCGCGCAGGGCAAUGAAGCAUUGAAAAACAAGUUGAAGGAGCAAAUACUGGCGGUGGAGGAGGAGAAAAUAGCAUCGCAAUUGGCCUCGGUCCAAGAAGAAAGAGAGAAAUUGAAGAAUCAAACAAAGGGGCCAUCAAAUGCAGCAGCCGAAAACAAAUCACCACUGUUGUCCGCCAUCUCUCAAUUGGUCCAUAAUGGACUGUUCAAUUGACUUGCCUUGAAUUAAAAUAUAAUGACUACUUUGAGCUUCCCCUCUCAUAGGUGAUUUGUUUUGAAUUCUUCAUUUUGACAUUAUAUCAUUUACACAAAUCCUCUAGUCUUGCUAGUCCAUCAAUUGUCACUGUCAACCAUUUGUUCAAAAUUUAAAUCCUGUUACGUUCUGCAUCUCAUUAAAUUGAGUCUACAUCAUCAGAAAGGAAACUUCACAAAACACCAAUUAGC